AUGAACUCAAUUGGGGAAUUCUUUACCUAUAACCCCACUUAUCAGUUCUGGAUCUGCAAGACCUGUGAAUAUGCCGUGGAUGCUAAAACCAUUGUCGGCCAUCUAACCAAUAAGCACCGACAACACCCUUCUGCCCGUACAUUGGCACAGCGGACGGCAAUUUGUGCUGAAGCCGUCAACGUUGGAAGGAACUUCAAUACCAAUCCUUUUGUCCCGCCAUCCCCUGACUCCCGGCCGAUCCCCGGAUUACCGGUCUACCGUGGUAACUGCUGUCAAGUCGAAAACUGUCAAUUUACGUGUCGCAGCGUAAGAACGAUGCAAAAACAUCGCAGGCAGGUUCAUCACAUCUCUAUCGCUGCCGCUGCCAGCGGAAGGCCAAGAAUCAAGCGGGAAGAAGACUCAUCAAUAAACCCGAACGGUCACCCUGUGUACUGCCAGCGAUUAACUCCAAGUGGGAACUUCAGUUCCUUCUUUAUCGUUACGCCAGAUCCAGCAGAGGUUAUGCCAGAUCCAGCAGAGGUUAUGCCAGAUCCAGCAGAGGUUCCGCCAGAUCCAGCAGAGGUUCCGCCAGAUCCAGCAGAGCUAUUAAGCGUCCAGAUACAAGAGGGUGGUGCCGAAGACCGGAGUUGUCGCAAGGGCAAGGAGCGAGCUGUUGCUCCAUCUGACGAUAGCGAUGAUAGCGGUGCUGACCCUGACGACGGCGAAGAGCACCUUCCGGAGACGCCUCGGGAAUCCGUGCAGAAACGUGCGGCUCCUGCGACUCCCGUGGCGGCAGGCAAGCCGUCGAAAAAGCCGAAGAAGUCGGCGAGUGGAAAAGAGGUUCCGAUUCCUCCUUCUGGAGAGUGGGCAAAGCCUCGUUCUGGACCGGAGUAUGACGCUUCGAUAUACCAGACUCCUCUCGACUGGCCCAUGGUGUACAAACUGAACGAUGAGGAGUGUGCACUGGAUGUCUUCGAGCGGCUUCGGUCUGUGCGUCGUCGUGUGAAUGACGACCAUAGGCGUAUGCGUGCCGGGAUGAUCGCUCGCGGCUGGUGGGCUCCGUCUAACGACACCGACGCCGAAAGCAGUGAUGAUGAGGAUGCUGAUUCCGUGGAUUUCCUGAACACCCUGGUCUGA